UCGUUCCCGGCAUGCAGCGCGGCUGGGUUCUCCCUCCGUGAUCAUCGCAUCCAGGGAGAGAGAACAGUAAUGGCGGCCGGGUAGAUCCACACACAAACACCGCGUCCGCAACCAGCCGCACUCACCGCAGCCCUCCGGGGGCAACCAGGCGCACACACCGCGGCGGAGACAGCGCGAGAGUCCCGGAGCGGGGGAACGGGAUUCAGGGGGGACGGGAAUUGUUGAGCGGACCGUUUCUGUCUGGGACUUUCCUUCUACUUUUCUAAAAAAAAAAAAAAAAAAAGAAAGAAAAAAAGAAAAGAAAAAAGAAAAACAUGGAUGAGCACCCCGGCGGAGGAGGGGUCGGAGCGGGCGCCCCACGACAGCCUCCGCCGCAGCAGCAGCAGCAGCAGCAGGGGAGCAACAGCAGCGCUAAUCCGCCGAUCGGAGGCGGCGGCGGCGGAGUCAUGGUACCGCACCAGCCGGACGAGCUUCCCCGGCCGCAGCAGCAGUACACCAUCCCCGGCAUCCUGCACUACAUCCAGCACGAGUGGGCCCGGUUCGAGAUGGAGCGGGCGCACUGGGAAGUGGAGAGGGCCGAGCUUCAGGCGAGGAUAGCGUUCCUGCAGGGGGAGAGGAAAGGUCAGGAGAACCUGAAGAACGACCUGGUUAGAAGAAUAAAAAUGCUAGAAUACGCUUUAAAACAGGAAAGAGCAAAAUACCACAAGUUAAAAUAUGGAACAGAGUUAAAUCAGGGAGAGAUGAAGAUGCCAAGCUUUGAAUCAGACACCAAAGACUCCGAGGUCUCUGCUGUUCCUGCCAACAGUCAGCUCACCUGGAAACAAGGAAGACAGCUCCUCAGACAGUACCUGCAGGAAGUGGGAUACACAGACACCAUCCUGGACGUUCGGACUCAGAGGGUUCGUUCUCUGCUCGGCCUGUCGGGCUCCGAGCAGAACGGAUCUGUGGAGAACAAGAACCUGCAGCACCUGAUCAACGGGACGGAGCGCCGCAAGGAGGGCAAGAGGAGUCCAGGUGACGUUCUGGAGACGUUCAACUUCCUGGAGAACGCAGAGGACAGCGAUGAAGAGGAGGACGAGGAGGGAGACCUGAUGGAUGACAUCAGCACCGACAAACACCAUCGAGCCAAGAAACACAAGACCAAGGUAGGGAACGAGGGUUUGGCGUCAGAGGACGACGCCGACACAGAGGAGGCUCUGAAGGAGUUUGACUUCCUGGUGACGGCGGAGGACGGAGAGGGAGCGGGCGAGGCUCGCAGCUCGGGGGACGGGACGGAGUGGGCGGAGCCUCUACCGUUUCCUCCUGGCGGGGGGAAGUCCUUCCUGUUGGGGUCGGACGACGUGCUGGAGAGCGUGCUGGGUUUGGGCGACCUCGCCGACCUCACCGUCACCAACGAUGAAACAGACUACAGCUACGACCUGCCGUCCAAUAAGGAGUCUUCGUUCAGGAAGACGUGGAACCCCAAGUACACACUGCGGAGCCACUUUGACGGUGUUCGAGCGCUGGCCUUCCACCCCGUCGAGCCGUGUCUGGUCACCGUGUCCGAGGACCACACCCUCAAACUGUGGAACCUCACCAAGACCGUCCCCGCCAAAAAAAGUGCCUCUUUUGAUGUCGAGCCCGUCUACACAUUCAGAGCUCAUGUUGGUCCAGUCUUGUCGUUGGCGAUGACCUCCAGUGGUGAGCAGUGUUACAGUGGAGGUAUCGACUCCACCAUCCAGUGGUGGAACAUCCCCAGCUCCAAUGUGGACCCAUACGAUACCUACGAUCCCAGCGUCCUGGCGGGCUCGUGGACGGGUCACACGGACGCUGUGUGGGGAUUGGCUUACAGCGGCAUCAAGAACCGCCUCCUGUCCUGCUCAGCCGACGGAACAGUAAAACUGUGGAACCCGACGGAGAAGAACCCCUGCAUCAGCACUUUCAACGCAAACAAGGAGCACGGCGUCCCUACGUCAGUGGACUUCAACGGCUGUGACCCCGCCCACAUGGUGGCAUCGUUUAACAGUGGAGACGUGGUGGUGUACGACCUGGAGACCUCCCAGAAUACACUGGUGCUGAAGGGGCAGGGAGAAGGCACCCUCCCGGGGUCGAAUCAUAUCAACAAGGUCGUCAGUCAUCCCACGUUACCGGUCACCAUCACUGCUCAUGAAGACCGACACAUCAAAUUCUACGAUAACAAGUCAGGUAAAGUGAUCCAUGCCAUGGUGGCUCACCUGGACGCAGUCACCAGUCUGGCUGUGGAUCCAAACGGGAUCUACCUGAUGUCAGGAAGUCACGACUGUUCCCUGCGUCUGUGGAACCUCGACAGUAAAACGUGCGUUCAGGAGAUCACGGCUCAUAGGAAGAAGAGCGAGGAGGCCAUCUACGACGUGGCCUUCCACCCCUCCAAGGCCUACAUCGCCUCCGCUGGAGCCGACGCCCUCGCCAGGGUCUACGUGUAGAGGAGGAGGAGGAGGAGGAGGAGGAAGAGGAAGAGGAGGACCGCGGGGCGAGAGACACCGACAGACAGACAGACAGACAGAGAGAGAGAGAGAGACAUGUUGACAGUAUUCAGGUCUGUUCAGGUCUCUGAACACAGAAUAAAUAUUAAUGACAGACUGAAGGUGACGGAUCUGCAUCAGACGACUGAACACACACACACACACACACACACACAACCACACACACACACAGUUUAGGUGUGUGUCUCCCUCCAACUGACUGAAGAGACGUUCAGCAGCAGAAACGUUGUGGAAACAUUGUUUAAACGCUGCAGCUCACCUGUCCUGUGACGUCGUCAUCACCUGAACGUACCUCUGAUGACACUACAUGAAGCCCCGCCCCCCUCGUUGACACUAGUCUGACGUGCAGACCGGCUGACAGCAGGACGCACUCAUAGGAAAAAUCCCCCCACAUGUUCAGCGUUUCGUUCAUCACAUCUAAAACCUUGUUGCAGCGCGAGUGUUGUUCCGUCUUCAGGCGCCACGACAGGAAGCUCAUACGUCCGUCCGUCCCGUCACGUCCUCGGGGACAGACAGAUCUGUGUCAGCUGGCGUCUGUUUGUUCAGAACUCAUUGACGGUGAGGGCUCGGUUUCCAGUAAGUUCUGACAUUGUGAGCUGACAGGAAGCUGGACUCUGAUGUCAUCCUUAACAGUCAGCACCCAAAGCCUCGUUCAGACAGAGUUCAUGUUCUGACGAUGAGCUGCGGGGCUGAGUGGCGAAGUGGGCGUGUCCACAGGAUAAGCUGCUGGCUCUGCUGCUCGUCUAAUGACGUUUGUUUAAAAGUAAUCGUAUUCAUCCAGGAUAUGAGGCAGGUCUGAAAACCAACAACUGCAGAGGUGUUAGAUCUGUAAAACUUCCCUCCAAAGGAGAAUAGAGAUUUGAAAUCUGUGAUGUCAUCAGAAUGUAAAGUCUGGUGGGCGGGGCCAGUGGAGGAAACUCUACUGUGCAUAACCAGGAAGUAAACGCAGCAGCCAGAAAUCCUUUCUGAUGUGAUCGGCGAGCGGGUGCCAUCUUUACAGCUGGUGUCUCGUUCUUCUAUAAAUCUGUGGUUCUGAAUCUGAGAACAAACGUGUGAAACAUCACGUUUUACUCUGCGGACUUCCAGAUUAUCUGAUUGGCCAACGCAGCUCGCCGUCCAGCUGCGUUUCUCCAGAAGUUGAGUCUGUUUCUCCUCAGCACACAAAACUUUGAUCAGGAGGAACUGUUGCUUUGUUUCUCUUGUUGCUGAGAGAUUGUAGAAAACAGAAAAGAUGACUCCAGAGACGACAUCAGGAGACGAGGAGGGAAACAUUAAGAAGCCAUCAGGUGUCCGUCAGGCGUCUCUGUGCUGCUGGUUUGAAUCCCUGUUAAUGAUUUAGCCACUACAUAAUAUUUCUUUAUCGUCUCCUGAUAUUGUCUUUUUAUGAGAGAUUGUAGUCGAUGUCAUCUCCGACUCAGAAAUACAAUCUGGAGGCUGACGUAACGUUUUCUUGCUCGUGGCUCAUAUUUAAACCUUCUGUUGCUGCUAAAGAAACAGGAGCUGUUCUCUGAACGUCCUGCUGACUGAGGAGUUCCUCCUUCAUCAGUGAAGGUUUCAGUAUCUGAGCGCUGCACAAGACUUCGUUUUCACCUCCGUACACGUAAACAAAUAUUAAACUGUGCUGUGAAACAGUCGAACUAAAGGUGAGACGCUUCAUCAGUAACACAACCUGAAGGAAACCAGGUGACGAUUUGUUAAAUGUGUUGAACAUCUGAGGGGAUUUUUCUUUAGUCACAGCAGAUCAUGUGAUGUUUUAACCGUUGGUGGUUUUGUCGUAUUUAAGUUUUUAAAAACUGAACUGAAGCUUCAGGAAAAGAUUUUGCCCUGCCUAAUUUUUUACAGUGUUUUUAAAUUCUAUAAAUUAAUGUGAGCGUUAAAGAGACUGAACGUCAGCUGGUGAACGACCGCGCCGGUUACAAGUCAGAUUUUGUGUUUCCGUCUCUCCAACAAGCUGCGAGCUGAUUGGACCUCCGUCCAAACGGGAACAGAGGAUUGGUUAACACGCCCCCACCUCAGCUCCUGAUGGGCCAAUCACAGCCCUGCAUUUGACCCCCCGAGGUGAUGAGCGAAGGAUUCAGACGUUACUGUAGUUCAACAUGGACGCUUUGUGUUUGUGUAAAAUAAAUCUAGUUUUUAUAAUCGUUUUUAUAAACGUGGAAACGUCUCGUUAAUGGCACAGAGGAGGAUUCUGGCUCCUCAGUCCCGUCCAGUCCUGCCA